AUACCGUUGUCGGGGUUAGGAGACGUGCCGCGUGUUCAGUGUAAACAAUGUGGACUUUUCUUCUUUCUGUAUUUAUGUAAGGAAAUAAAUCAUUUCCCUGGACGUUGUUUUACACCAGCAGAUCAGCAGAAGAUGAGGGAUGUGUUGUGUUUCUCUCUCCUCGUCAUGGCCCUCGGUUCGCAGGCUGAGGCAGGAUGCCCGAGGGUGUGCGAGUGCCCUCCUGAGGGCUCUGUGUGUCCUCUGGGUGUGAGUUUGGUACCUGACGGCUGCGGGUGUUGUAAGGUUUGUGCCGCUCAGCUAAACCAGGACUGCCACGAGGGCCGGCCAUGUGAUCACCACAAGGGGCUCGAGUGUAAUUACGGCAACGAUGUGGGCAGAACUCGCGGAAUCUGCAGGGCCAAACCAGAAGGCCGCUCGUGUGAGUAUAACGGACGUAUGUACCAGAACGGCGAGGACUUCAGCGCAGGAUGUAAGCACCAGUGCACAUGCAUCGACGGUGCUGUGGGCUGCGUACCACUCUGCCCUACAGAAUUGCUCCUGGCAUCUCCUGAUUGCCCCGCACCAAAGCUGAUUAAAGUGCCGGGGCAAUGCUGCCCGAGUGUGGACUGCCAUCGUGACUCCUCGGUGCUGCCCCCGGUCUACAGGGUCCCACAGCCUCCACCAUACAUCUACCCUCACCUCCCACCCUACCCUAAGGCCUACCCUAAAGCCGAGCCUAAACCCAAGCACUACCCCACACAGAAGAAUUCACCCCCAGGGGUAGAGGACUUGCUCAGUAACGAGCUGGUGGAUGUGGGGAGGAAGUGGGAAAAGCUGCAAAGUCACAAACGUGUAACAGACUGGAAGAAAAAGGGAAGCCAUAAGUGUGUGAUCCAGACUACCAGGUGGUCAUCGUGCUCUCGGAGCUGCGGUAUGGGAGUGUCCUCUCGCGUCACCAAUCAGAAUGCUCAGUGCAAGCUGGUUAAGGAGACGCGCCUGUGCACCAUCAGACCCUGCAGCUCCAUGGACGUGCCUGUGAAGAAAGGAAGGAAAUGUUCUCGCACGCAGAAGUCUCCAGAGCCGUUACGUCUCCACUACGCGGGCUGCCGCAGUGCUCGUCUCUACCGGCCCAACUACUGCGGCGUGUGUCGUGACGGCCGCUGCUGCUCUCCACGCCGCACCCGCACCUCGUCUGUGGUGUUCUCCUGUCCCGACGGCGAGCGCUUCGAGAAAUCCGUCAUGUUCAUCCAAUCCUGCAAGUGCAGUGACCAGUGCGAUCACCUGAAUGAAGCCUCGCUCCCGCCACAGCGCUGGCUCUACGGAGACACACACAAGUUCAUCAACUUGCCACCUGUCCCCCAUUCGACUCCACUCGUUUUUACCCAAGACCGCCCCAGAAUCAUCAGCUGUAGACGGCACGCUGGCGUGAUCGAGCAGAGGAGAGCGGCCUUGAACAUUUAGUCUAGUGAACUUGUAUUGUACACUUUCUAGUUUAUUCCAUCGUAGAUGUACUGAGAAUCGCUGAAAGAACCUGGUGGAGGAGUAAAGGAUACGACCUGAUGAAGAUGUUUCAUAUAAACAAUUGCAGCCUGAAUGAAAAGAGGUUGGACUAGUGGACUAGCGUAACCAUGUGGGACCUGGAAGCAGUGUGUCCUGUUAAAACUACACAGUGGGAAAUAUGCUUUAAGUGUGUGUUCCAUUUGCCCCGAACAGAAAAAUAACGGACAGAUGAGAAGAUGGGAUAAACUCUAUCCAAAGCUUUUUUUUAUAUGCAGCUAUUAUUAUUAUUAUUAUUAUUAUUAUUAUUAUUAUUAUUAUUAUUAUUAUUAUUAUUAUAAUGAUAUGAUGGUAUUUAUUGUGUGUAAGAUGAACGAGUGCGUCACCUUCCUCACCGCUCACACUUCACCUGAUGAAGGGAAACAUGAUGGAUUCCUGGACUGGAAACAGGCUUGUUCACUUGGGAUAGAAGAAUGCGGCCUUGACUUUGACUCUGAUUCCCAGUGUCAGUGAUUUGUCUUUAUUUGAGCCUGAGGAUCCAAGAAAAGAAAAAGGAACGCUCUCCAAGUGCCCCGGGCGUCCUGGCGUCCAUACGUCGAGUCACAGACUCUGUGCAAAUUACGAUCCUGGGAGCAGCAGAACCUCUGGUUUUGUGGUUUAGAAAAAAACGGUUCAACAAACGCCAGCACACGAAGCAACCGUGUAAUUUAAAAGUGACGAUCAGGAGCCGCUCCCGAGUCGCUCUGUAAUCUAGUGACAGAUGGUUGAAGCCCAGGCGUUGUGUCUUUAUGACACCGCGGGAUUCAUUCCUGCUUCCUGGCUUCUGACAUGCAGGAAGCUUCGAGGUGACAUCAUUUUCGUUAACAAGACCAAAAACCAUCAAGUACACUCCAAGCGCACAGCAGAUCCCGGCGUUUAAACAGAUUCACCAGCGAUGCCUUGAUGUUUGUAGAGUUUAAGCUAAACAUGUGGUGUUGUUUUUUAAUACGUUCGACUUCACAUCGAUUCGAACACAAUUUUCACAUCACGCGUUAUAAUAGAAACGAUUUCUAUUAAAACUCGCUGGAGUCGAUGUGGUUGGUGUCCAACAAUGAAAAUGAAACUUUUAUAUAUUUGUAAAACAAGCCUCAUUUUCUCUCUGCCACUUUUUUUUGUUAAAUAAUCCCCCAGUUAACUUGCAUCCUGUUUUGUCGUGAGGUAAACGAAUGCGCUUAACGUCAGACUGCAAAUAAAACAUGCAUUUUGUGGUCGUGUGAAAGUAUGAAAUCAGCAUCAGUAACAACUUUUUAUUUACAUUUUUAUAACAAUACAUUGUUUGCAUCAUACAAUAAGCCAGUCGAGCUAGUUAAUGGGGUUUAAAUUGUCGUUUUUUUUUAACACAACAGCCAACUAAACCCAUAGCUGUCUAUUUAUAAGGUAUUUCUAGCUGUUUAUUUGUAGCCAUCGACGUCGUGGUUCUGCUCACUUUGUUAAACACUUAUAGAAGAUAUGUUUAUUUAAAGUUAUCGACAGUUGGACGUUAAAGACGGCGGCCAUCUUGGACAAAAAAAGAAGCGGGAUGAAAACAUUUCUGAACGCAGGAUGAGAUACUGAGCUAUGAUGUGAAUGCAGAUUACUUCUGCGUGUAAACACGUGGGGUGUGUUAAAGGGGAACGCUGAGCCAUGCUGCUUUACGUGUACAGUGACUCAAAGCCACAGGAUAUCGUUCAUUUACGACGAUACGUCGAAAGUCGAUCUUUACGUGAAUACGGAUCGACUCAUCAGUGGAUCGUUGGCAGUGAAGACAGUAAAGUUCUCACUGCUUCUCCUUCAGCUCGUAUGACACGAUGCUUUUAUACACAAACAACACACCUCACGUGUAACGCUAGUCGGUCCGUCCGAGGAGAAACGGUGUAACUAUGGCAACCGGUUGGUGGUGACUUCAUAGUACAAAAAAAAUGUCAGUGUGUGUGUGUGUGUGUGUGUGUGUGUGUGAAAACUCACUGGAGAAACCGUGUCACAGACUGUGUUGUGUUUGAGUAAACUUAGUGUGUUCAUUUUCACUGUGAUUUGUCCCCCCCCCCCCCAAUGUUUGUUAAUGGAUGUAAAUCUGAGAAAGUUUUUUAUUUUUAUGUUCCAGCAAUAAUUUUAUAUAAUAGCUUUAAAUUGCUCUUAAGGCCAAGAAAGCUGGAGUUUUGGUUUCUCUUCAUACUUUUACUUUUAUUCAUUCAUUCAUUCUCUACCGCUUAUCCGAACUCCUUGGGUCACGGGGAGCCUGUGCCGUCUCAGGCGUCAUCGGGCAUCGAGGCAGGAUACACCCUGGACGGAGU